GAAUGGCGAAGCGAAAACACGUGAACUAAAGGGUGAGCUUUUCGACAGCCGGUUACAGCCGCGAUCUUUCUGUCAGAGGCGAAAUGAUUCCUCCGGGUAACAAGACUGAAGUCAGCCUUGAGAGGGUGGAGAACGAGAACGACAUUCAGCACCCCCCUCCUGCCUCUACCACCAGCCAGGAAUCAAAGCUCCAGAAAUUGAAACGAUCACUUUCUUUCAAGACCAAAAGUUUGAGGAGUAAAAGUGCAGACAACUUUUUUCAACAAACGAAUUGUGGCAUGAAGUUGCAAGUAGAUUUGCUAUCAGAAAUCACUUCUAAAACUGGGCAGCUCCCUAAUUUGGAAAGUCAAAACUCCACUCCAACCAAAGCCCAUCUCCAACCAGAAGACAAGACUCACAUUUUUCAGGAACACAUUUUCAAAAAACCCACAUUCUGUGAUGUCUGCAACCAUAUGAUUGUUGGGACAAAUGCUAAACAUGGAUUACGCUGUAAGGCAUGCAAAUUGAGCAUUCACCACAAAUGUGCAGAAAGCACUGGACAGCAACGGUGCAUGGGCAAAUUGCCCAAAGGUUUCCGCCGUUACUACAGCAGUCCCCUUCUCAUUCAAGAGCAGUUUGGCUGCAUCAAAGAAGUCAUGCCAAUUGCCUGUGGCAAUAAAGUUGACCCUGUGUAUGAAACUCUUCGCUUUGGAACUUCAUUGGCCCAGAAAACCAAGAAAGGCAGUAUUGGAAGUAGCUUGGACUCUCCCAAAAGAAAUUCUACAUCAGAUUUGGCAGAAGUUCCCGAAGAAAGAAGCAGCCUAGGAAAUAUAUUUGACCUAAAUAGGCAAUGCAGCAAUAGUGUAUUUACAUAUUCAGUAAACAGUAUGUCAGAUUUUGGAGAAGAACCAAAGAAAAUUAACUCUGCACUACAGAGAUCUCUUAAUAAAGACACAAUACAGAUGAAUACCUAUGUGGCCUUAUACAAAUUUGUACCACAGGAGCAUGAAGAUUUGGAAAUGAGGCCAGGAGAUAGAAUUAUACUUCUAGAGGAUUCAAAUGAAGAUUGGUGGAAGGGAAAAAUAGAAGAUCGAAUUGGUUUUUUUCCUGCUAAUUUUGUUCAAAGAUUACAAGAUGAAAAUGUUUUCAAAUGUAUCAGAACAUUUGUUGGAUGCAAGGAACAAGGACAGAUAACUCUAAAAGAGAACCAAAUCUGCAUAACUUCAGAAAAGGAACAUGACGGGUUUAUCAAAGUAUGCAGUGGGAAAAAAAAGGGCUUUGUCCCAGUAGACGUCUUAGAAAACAUCUGAAAUUUGCCCACUCAGCAACUGCAGUACAGUAGCAAAGUUUUGCCAGGAAGACCUGUCUGCUUCAUUUUGCACUGUGUCUACAAGCUGUCUUGGAGAUGACUAGGGGAAUCAGGAGACAACUACAAAGACCAACUGCUAUCAAGCAUUUAAUCGCUUUGAAGCAACAAACAGUGAUCAAUAAUGAAGUGUAUUAUUAGAGAAAGAACCAAAUAAAGGUAGUAUGAGUUUUAGGUGAGGGAUGGGCUGCUUUUCUAAAAAGA